GUGGGCAUUAUCGAGGAAGGUGCUUAACUGCCGGCCAUAUAAUAAUACUGUCUGCCCAGGAGCAACUCUGUGGACUUCAGCUACAAGUGGCGACUAUGGCCGUUGCAUAGUGAUGUCCAACCCUGCUAAAUCAGCAGUCUCUGCUGUGUCCGCAAUCAAGCGUCAAUCCGCCGCCAUGCCGCCGCAGUUCAACGGGCCUUCCAACGGCGAUUCUCGUCGCCCGCAGACGUACACGAUCACUGGCUUGAAAAGAUGGUCAGUCGUGAACAAAGAAAUACCCGCCGUGUCGCAAAUUAGGGCGAUCCAUGUCUACGACUUCGACAAUACAUUGUUUCUAAGCCCUUUGCCAAACCCUCAACUGUGGAACGGCCAGACCGUCGGCUUUCUUCAGAUAUACGAAAGCUUUGCCAAUGGAGGAUGGUGGCACGACCCGAAUUUGCUCGCAGCGACGGGCGAGGGUUCUGAGGUGGAAGAAGCUCGAGGAUGGAAGGGGUGGUGGAAUGAACAUAUUGUGCAACUGGUCGAACUGAGCAUGCAGCAGAAGGAUGCUCUCACUGUUCUCCUCACCGGACGCAGCGAGGCUGGUUUUGCAGAUAUAAUCAAACGGAUGGUGACGAGCAGAAAGCUUGACUUUGAUCUCGUUUGCCUAAAGCCCGAAGUUGGACCCAACAACCAGAGGUUUUUCUCGACGAUGAACUUCAAGCAGACGCUGCUCGAGGACCUGGUACUCACGUACAAGCAAGCAGACGAGAUUCGGAUAUAUGAGGACCGCGUGAAACACGUGAGAGCCUUCCGAGAAUACUUUGAGAAGCUAAACAGGUCUCUUCUGUCAACGCAACCUUCAGCCCCUAGAAAGCCUAUUGUCGCUGAAGUCAUACAGGUAGCAGAAGGAUGCACAUUCCUUGCUCCUGUGACCGAGACAGCGGAGGUCCAGCGCAUGAUUAAUGCCCAUAACAUCUCUUUCAAGGACUCGGGUCUGAAUAAAACCAGAUCACCUUAUGGUCGACUGCAGAUAAAGCGAACGGUUUUCUAUACCGGAUACCUCAUCUCCAAUGCUGAUUCUUCCCGGCUAAUCAGUCAGCUACUGCAUCCUCUUCUGCCCCCUGGGCUUGCUGAUUCCAAUGAUUUGAAGUACAUGGCUAACAACAUCCUGAUCACACCACGACCAGCACCUAAAUCAAUCCUCGACAAAGUGGGUGGAAUGGGCAAAAAGCUAAGUUGGCAAGUCACUGGUACAGCAGUGUUUGAAAACAAGCUGUGGGCUGCUCGGGUUACCCCCGUCCCUGAGACGGAAAAGUAUUAUACUGAAAACCCGGUGCCCGUUAUUGUGCUAGCAGUGCGUAAAGGUGCUCGUCCUAUAGACGCUGGAAAGAUUCAGAACUGGCACCCUGUUCCUGCAGAAAAGGCAUUUGUCUUCGACACAGUUGUCGGCGAGAAGGUUGUCCUACGCGUGGAGGAAGAAGACCCUGAUGAGGGUGAAUGGGAAAGCCAGUUCAUGAACAAAAGCCACAAGCGGCGUCACCAGCAAGACUAUCGUGAUGAAGAUGUCGUAUACCCACCAUCCAAAGAUAACCAGACCAACAGCUACAACAAUCCUUAUGAAGCUCUGUCCUAUGGCCGUCAUCAUCAUCAUCAUCACCAACAUCAGCGACACGGUCAUUUCCAUGAUGACGGUGCUCGACGUGGUGGAGGACACUUCAGAGGCGGCCGUGGACGCGGUGGGGGAGGACGAGGCAAAGGCUCGAACUCCGGACGCGGUGGUGGCGGUCGAGGCAGAGGUCGCGGCCGCGACGGUGGUGGGCCCCCUCCGGGAUAUAAGUCCCUUGAUGACUAUGGUGGUUAUGAUGGUGGAUACGAAGACCGUAAUGGCGGUGGAGGCGGAGUGCCUGUCAUGAAUUAUUGAUCGAUUUCUUGAUAGUGGUUCUCUCGUCCGAGUUCCUCUCAGAGGAGUUGCCCCGGUGUGAUUCGCAAUAUGCCUUGAUAUAGGCUUUGUUAUAACGACAUUGUACCUCUAUAUUCCUCGCGAUCUAUGUUACUUUUACAUAUCCUCAGCGACGAGUUGUCAGCAUCGACUGCAUCUGACCUUUGUCAGUUGAGAAUGGCGUACGUGAGAUGCGGCUUUGGCGUGCUUAUGGGAAUGGGCCAACAAUCGGCGAACUACUGAAAUAGUGUUGCUUUAGCACGUUCUCGUGCACCUGUUUAAGUGGUAUGAAUAGAAUUUUAUACAUUAACCAGUUACGCGUGGCGCCCUCUUG